AUGGAGUCCUUCUACUCCGAAAAAGCUGGCUACGACCAGUCUCGUCAUGAUGUACUCUCGCUAUCCCGCUCAAUGCGAAACUUGAACCAGCGCGAGUUGAGUGACCACGCCAGUGGUGUUAUUAGUCCGACGACGGAGAUGGAGGGGAAGUUGCGCAACUCCCAGCGGCGUCGGGUCCCGGUUGCUGUAGGUUUUCCAACAAAGUCGACUUUCCUCGCUCUCGAGUCUCAGCAUCGCAUGGCUGGUCUCCAACGGACGCCUGACUUCGACCUGAGCAACCAUCCACAAGGCUUUGCCCGACCUUCGAGUAUGGGCUUCGUGAGCUACGAUGAUGAGCAGUCAGCUAGCUACAGUCAGCCUCCAUCCUACGGGAUGGUUGGAGCGCCUUCAGGAACUUUGGUGGAAUAUGGCACGUCCUCUUAUAGUCCGAAACCAUGGGACUCUGUGAUGAAUGGACGGUCUUCUAACGAAUGCAUCUAUCCAGAGUCCGAGGCCAACUCGUUCAGCCAUGGCCCGUUCACCUACAUGGUACCCAGUCAGGGAAUGAUGCCUUCGAGUGAUCUGUCCCCAUGUACAGGCUCAGGAUUGACAGCCGUCCUGUCCUCAGAUGCUCCAGGACCAGAUCGCAUCUUGCCUACACCCACCUGCCGCAGCCAACAGGCCCCGAACACAACAGCGGGAUUCCUACCAGUCGAUUUCUCGGGCUUGCCUCCACCAUCUGACUCCAAGAACGCCUUCUGGAGUCCACGCCUCGGGGGUUCUCCAGAUCAAAGACAGAGUCCAGCACACGUUGUCCCUAGCAAUGACCAGUUUACCCUCAACUCGCCAUUAAGCAAGGAUGUCAACAGCACCGCCCCAGAGCUUCUUUUCUCGUGUCUUCCAAUUUCAACAGCUGAAGACAGCUCCCCGCCCCUAUCAACUACAGCUCCAUUGGGAGUGACUAGUGCCGGCUACUCAGUCCUAGAGACACUUGAAACGGAAUAUCCUUUGCCGCCAGAGGUUCAAACGCGGUCCUUCUCGCGUGAUCGCCUUGCGAAUAGCUCCCAGCGCUUCUUAGCCCUGACGGACGAAUGCUCGCCCGAGAUCUACGGUUACAGCAGCAGCGAGAAGACCAAAGUACGCCGAGCUAGGGCGAGCAGCGCUUUGGGGAAUUCUUCGGGAGCUAGCGGCACGCUUGGCAGCAGCAGCGAUAGCUCGGGGUCAGUGUCGGGCUCCGGAGACGACGAGCGUUGCUCCACUGCGACGCUGAUAAGCGGUCUCCCCUACACCCGCGUACAGCAUCGCGACUCCCCCGCAUGUUUGCCCUUCAACCUGCUUCCGGAUGCAUUGCCAGAGUACCACCGUUCUGUAGCGACGUAUGUGCACCGGGCUUCUGUUGGGCCCUUGGGUAACCAAGGAGCUUACUAG